UGCGACACAGCCACGCUUGCCACGCAGGGGGAAACCAUCUUCAAAACCAACUGCCAACCACCGACGCAGCUUUCAGCCUUGCACCUUUUCUUUUGGCGCAUUCCCAACGAUCAAUCCCUCUGCAAACGACCGCCCACUCACCGACAAAAAUAUCCACUCCUUUCCAUUCCGCAAACAACCACAACCUCCCGGUCAAUCGCUCCACGUCGCGCAUCACCAUCCCAUCAAAAAAAACCCACCCAAACACCACCAACCCCCAAACCAAAUCCAAAUCCAAACCCCCAACUCCAAAAAUGCAAAAACACGACGAACCCCCCGCCUACGGCAACAACCCCUCCUACCCGCAGCCGGCCUACUACCAAGGAGGCGGCGCACCGCCGCCGCAGCAGCAACAGCCCGGCGCGGCCGGCGGUUACUACCAGCAGCAGGCGCCGAUGGGCUACAACGGCGGGCACCCCCAGCAGGGCGCGCCGCCGCCGGGCGGGUACUACCAGCAGGGGCCCUAUGGCCAGCAGCAGCAGCCGAUGCAUUACCAGCAGCAGGAGCAGAAGAGCAGUGGGCCGGGAUUCCUUUCGGCGUGUCUUGCCGGUUUGGCGUGCUGUUGCUGCUUGGACAUGUUGUGUUAAGCGGGUUUUGUUGGUUGCGGGUGGUCGCCGGGGCUGGUUUCUUGGACAAACGAAAGACGACGUGGGGGCGGGAGGGGGUGGCUAUGCGCGUCGUGCGGUAUCGCGAAUUCCGGCCGGGGCAGCUUGGAAAAGCAAACGGCUGACUGCGCGAUGAGCGAUACGAUGGGUUCGCGAAUAGCAAUGGGCGCCGGGCAGGGACCGCGGGAUGGGGGCGCAGGGUUGACUGAUUGACGACCCGUGGGUGGCCUGUGAUGGA